AUGAUGAUCGAAGAGUAUGAAGCGGAGUAUUUUCCAGAGUCGCUCACAGAUCCUUUUGGAAGUGCUGCAUCACUCGCAAGCGCUGUCAGAAUGGGGGCUGUACCUCGUGCAACAGCAAGGGGGGCUGGACCUCAGUGCCUUGACAUGUUUGACGAUGAGCUGUGCUGGAACGAGCAAAAGGUGAACGAGUAUGACGAGCAGUUCAUUCCGAACGGUGGGGUAGGUGCGCAGGCCAAAGGGCCUGAAUCGGUGAACUCGGGGGAACACACUCCGGGCACUCAGACCGGCGAGGGUUUAGAUCUUGCAGCGUUCAACGCCUCCUCAUCGUCCUAUCCGUCGAAUGUCGACACGUAUGCCACGUUCGAGGACGAUGACAUUGACACCGACUCGAACACCAGCUCAGGUGAGUGCAGCUCUGUGGACGCGGAAGGUAAGGGCAAGAAAGGAAAACAUCCUGUCACUGCCAUGCUGGCAGAGAUGGAUGAUGCGGAGGUGCAGAUGGCACUGCCUGCAUUCCGAGGUCCCCUGGCAGGUCUCAUUGAUGAUUCGGAUUUGCAGCCCAUCUAUCAUGUGUCCACUGCAUCCCAAGUACGAUCUCAAUUGGAUCACCAGCGCCGACCUCAGAUGGCCGAAUUCCACCAGACUCAGCGCGACAUUGAUCGCCUUCGUCGACAUCGCAAGGACCGUAUUCGUAACGUGAACACAGCUGAGGCUGAAUAUGAUGGUGCUGCAGACACGUGUCCUUUGUGUUGUGAAAAGAUGGAAGCAAAUGAAUCGGUGCUGCGCCUGGUUUGUAAACACCUGUAUCAUGUGGAAUGCUGGACAUCAUAUUUGUGUCAUGGCGAGCAAUUGACUUGUCCCGUCUGCCGAGGCAGUUGUCAUGUCAUUGCACGGUUCCGUGUGCCUGCUGACACGGACGGCCCGCAGAGGCCACAGGAAGCGUCAAGGCCGGUCACGCCUGACCAGACCGGAAGACGCGAUCGUGAGUUGCCGGACACAUUCAACAUCUUCACGCCGCCUGGUCGUGCGCCUAGAAUCAAUAGCGAAUCGCCAGAAGUAGGCACACCGUUUUUACAACAAGAGCAGGCAUCCAAUGCAUACCCAUGGUGGCCGACUGAAAGCGCCGCAUUGACCACAGCAUACCAUUCGAUAUCGAUACCCGAUCGCGCCGGCGUCAUCAUUGACCCAGGAGCAUACACGAACUUGAUCGGUGAGAACACAGCCCGAAUGUUCGCACAAAAGGCUAUUGAAAAUGGAUUCAAGCCUCGUCAGUGGAAGAUGAAGCCGAUGUAUGUCCAGGGAGUCGGUGAAGGCCAGCAGAAGUGCGAAUGGACGGUGUCCAUCCCAAUUGCGUGUAAUCUGUCGGUAGGCGGAACUAAAGUGUGUCUCAAUUACUUUGAGGCAUCUGUCGUGGGGGGAAGCGGUGCCCGAUUGCCCGCGCUUUUGGGCCUCAAAUCCCUCACGUCGCUGUCAGCCACGCUUUGCAUGCAUGCGAAUCAAGAAGCUUUGUAUGUGCCGUUGCCUGGAGGGUCUAUCGAAGAUUUGCAACAAUGCCGGAAGUGUCCAUUGUCCAAAGCACCGUCCGGUCACUUGAUCAUGACGAUUGACCAUUGGAAAGAACUCCAGGAAGGCACCAAGGCAGGGGUUCAGCCGAAGCCCAUGGUGUUGCAUGUUGAUCCAUAUCAGCCAUCGCAACCGAGUGCCCCAUCAUCAUCGAUGUAG